AUUAACCACUCGGGAAGUUGGCAAACAAAAUUUAACAGGCAGCAUCCCCCGCAGGCUUACUGUACAUAUGCUAGGGUCCAGGACCGCAGGACCAAGCCAGCAGAAACAGCCUGAGCCCACCGCAGACUGGCCUGGCUAUACUGGACAAUGCCAAUCCUCCUGUACACCUGUCUUCUCUGGCUCUCCACCAGUGGCCUCUGGACCGUCCAGGCCAUGGAUCCUAAUGCUGCUUAUAGGAACAUGAGUAGCCAUCACCGGGGCCUGGCUGCAGUCAACGCUGACUUUGCCCUCAGCCUGUAUAAGCACCUAGUGGCCUUGAGUCCCAAGAAGAACAUUUUCAUCUCCCCCGUGAGCAUCUCUAUGGCCUUAGCUAUGCUGUCCCUGGGCACCUGUGGCCACACACGGGCCCAGCUUCUCCAGGGCCUGGGUUUCAACCUCACUGAGAGGUCUGAGACUGAGAUCCACCAGGGUUUCCAGCACCUCCACCAACUCUUUGCAAAGUCAGACACCAGUUUAGAAAUGACCAUGGGCAAUGCCUUGUUUCUUGAUGGCAGCCUGGAGUUGCUGGAGUCAUUCUCAGCAGACAUCAAGCACUACUAUGAGUCAGAGGUCUUGGCUAUGAAUUUCCGGGACUGGGCAACAGCCAGCAGACGGAUCAACAGCUAUGUCAAGAGUAAGACACAGGGGAAAAUUGCCGACUUGUUGUCAGGGCUGGAUAGCCCAGCCAUCCUCGUCCUGGUCAACUAUAUCUUCUUCAAAGGCACAUGGACACAGCACUUUGACCUGGCAAGCACCGGGGAGAACUUCUAUGUGGACGAGACGACUGUGGUGAAGGUGCCCAUGAUGUUCCAGUCGAGCACCAUCAGUUACUUUCAUGACUCGGAGCUCCCCUGCCAGCUGGUACAGCUGAACUAUGCGGGCAAUGGGACUGUCUUCUUCAUCCUUCCAGACAAGGGGAAGAUGAACACGGUCAUCGCUGCAUUGAGCCGGGACACGAUUAACAGGUGGUCCGCAGGCCUGACCAACAGCCAGGUGGACCUGUACAUUCCGAAGGUCACCAUCUCUGGAGUCUAUGACCUCGGAGAUGUGCUGGAGGAAAUGGGCAUUGCAGACUUGUUCACCAACCAGGCAAAUUUCUCAGGCAUCACCCAGGAUGCCCAACUGAAGUCAUCAAAGGUGGUCCACAAAGCUGUGCUGCAACUCAGUGAGGAGGGUGUGGACACAGCUGGCUCCACUGGGGUCAGCCUAAACCUGACGUCCAAGCCUAUCAUCCUGCGUUUCAACCAGCCCUUCAUCAUCAUGGUCUUCGACCACUUCACCUGGAGCAGCCUUUUCUUGGCCAGGGUUGUGAACCCAGCGUAAGAGACCGCCCACCCAGAGCCUCAGCACUCUCUGACUUUGGGCACCAGGGACACCACGGAAAUGUUUUGGAGAGUGGGAGGUUUCCCCCAAUCUCCUCCAAGUUCUCCUCCCUCCAACCAGAGUUGUGUCUACCUUUAGGCAUCUUGUAAUAAAUGUCAUUGCGACUUUGA